AUGAUCAAUGCAAUGCAUUCCAUUCACAUCCUCCUCUUUCUGCUGCUUGUCCAUAUAGCCGCAGCCCAACCCGGGCACGCCGCUAGCAAUUCUCAUGGCCAUUCAGUCACCAAGCGCGCUGCAUUUGGGCCGGGUGCUGAUGGUGUCUGCCACACCUAUACCAUUCAGAGUGGUGAGACUUGCGCAAUACUUGCCAAGCGCUACCAAAUCACUACAGCCAAUAUCGAGACUUGGAACGCUGGAGCCUGGGCCUUCUCGGGUUGUGCCAAUGUCAGGCAAGGCGACUUUGUCUGCCUCAGCUCCGGUGCCCUUCCUAUGCCGGUUGCUCUCCCACAUGCUACCUGCGGUCCUCAGGUUCCCGGGACAAGGCACCCUGCCAGUUAUUCAGAUCUCGCCUCUCUAAACCCAUGUCCUUCAGAUCAAUGCUGUGGUGCGAUGGGUGAAUGUGGUACUACAUCGGACUUUUGCGAUACGAGCAAGAGGUGUAUCUCCAACUGUGGAGUCAAGAGUGCAGCAAAGGAAAGCACAACCAAAAAAGCUACUUCAAUGGCGACUUUGAAAACGACCGUCGCAAAGUCUACUUCGAAAACGACCGUUGCAACGACUACUUCAAAAUCCACUGUUUCCAAGACUACUGCUGCAAGGACUAGUACUACUCAGACCAAGUCAAAAACUACGACUACCACAAAGUCGACGACCACCCAGAAACCGAUGGUAACCAUGACCAGCAUAAAGGUAAUCUGGCAAUCAAAAACCACCAGCAGUUUCAACCCGGAAGCAAGUUGGCAGAUUACAAUCUAUAAGGAUAAGAAGUGCAAAGGCGAUUACUUCUCUGUUCAAGGACACGAAUCCAGCAAGGCUGGAAAUUGCUUGGUCUUCCAGGACAACAAACAGACCGAAAUCUCGGAUACAAAAACAUCAUGUCGAUGGUGGACUGAUGGUGGGCUUCACUGGGAUACCUGCUCCUCCAGUAAGCUCGUAGCUCCCAAGUCAUGGUUUAUCACCAAAGGCCAGUGCCUCUUUUACAAGGGCAAGGAAUGCAAGGAUGAGGACUAUUUAGGACAGACCUAUACGCCUGCUCAGAAAUGUCAGUCUGAGGAUACUGGAGCCAUGUCUCCUCAAUUGAAGGGAGAUCAGAAAACUAAUGCACAUGAUUGGGGUUCAAUGCGGUGUUUUUAUGCGAUCCCUUUUGAUACAUCGGGGAACUAA